UUUAUUUUUUUUAAAAAAUCUGUUGGAUCUACAAUCAUGGGGAACGCAGCAGGAAGUAUGGAGGUGCCCCUCGCAAAGGAGGGCAAGACGACGUUGGCUUCCACAGGCUCCACGGGCCCCCAGAAGCCAAGUGCAGGGCUGAAACUGCCAAUGCCACCUGAAGAAGAGCUGGAGGAGCGCUUCAAUGCUGUGCUGAACACUAUGAAUCUUCCACCGGACAAGGUGAAGAUCCUUGGUCAGUACGACAACGAGAAAAAGUGGGACCUGAUCUGUGACCAGGAGCGGUUUCAAGUAAAGAAUCCACCAUCUGCAUAUUUGGAGAAGUUGAAGAGUUAUCUGGAUCAUGGAGGAGUCAGUCGAAAGUUUAAAAGACGCGUCCAGGAGUCCACACAGAUCCUGAGAGAGCUGGAGAUUUCCCUGAGGACCAAUCAUAUAGGCUGGGCUCAGGAGUUCCUAAACCAGGAGAACCGAGGUUUAGAUGUUCUCGUGGAUUAUCUGUCAUUCGCCCAUAGUGCUGUCACGUACGACACAGACUCCUUGGACAACUGCUCAGUGCCCGCGGAUAAACACAAAAGCACGGAAAAAUCCUUGGAAGACGUGAGCAGAAGUGCCAGCAACUCUCCGUCUCACGGCGCCUCUAAGAGCAGCAAGGGCUUCACAAGCAGGAAAGCUGCGAGGAGCUCACGUGUUGUGAGCCAGAAAGAUGACGUGCAUCUCUGCAUCAUGUGUUUACGUGCCAUCAUGAACUACCAGUCGGGGUUUAACCUGGUGAUGCAGCAUCCGUGUUGUGUCAAUGAGAUCACGCUCAGCCUCAACAACAGAAACCCAAGGACUAAGGCGCUGGUGCUGGAGCUCUUGGCUGCUGUUUGUUUAGUGAGAGGAGGCCACGACAUUAUCCUCUCGGCCUUCGACAAUUUCAAAGAGGUGUGUGCAGAGAAAAGCCGCUUUGAGAAGCUCAUGGAGUUUUUCCGCACUGAAGACAGCAACAUUGACUUCAUGGUGGCUUGCAUGCAGUUCAUCAACAUUGUGGUCCACUCAGUGGAAAACAUGAACUUCAGAGUUCACCUUCAGUACGAGUUCACCAGACACGGACUGGACGACUACCUGGAGAGGCUGAAGUUCACCGAGAGUGACAGGCUGCUGGUGCAGAUCCAGGCCUACCUGGAUAACGUGUUUGAUGUGGGAACUCUGCUGGAGGACGCGGAGACCAAGACCACUCUGCUGGAGCACAUGGAGGAGCUGCAGGAACAGAACACACAGUUGAGCAGCAGGCUUCAGGAGAGUGACAGGGAAGCGAUGGAGAAAGUCUCAGAGUUGGAGAAAAAGCUCAUUCAAACCACCAAAGAAGUGGAGCUCCUGAAGGAGAGUCUCCGGGAAUCGUGCGCUCAGACGACUCUGCUGCAGCAGCGCGAACAAGAGCGCGAGACGGAGCGCGAAAGCCAACGGGAGCGAGAGAGAGACAAGGACCAAUCCACCCAGGCCUUGAGGGAGCUGGCGGCCAAAGUUCAAGCCCUGGUUGAGCAGGGGGUUGUUCGAAUGGAGCGCUCCCCAUCGGGACACCUGGAGAUUCAGGUGGUUCCUGUCAUCCAGCACGUGAUACAGAAAGCCACAGCCAAAGACGAAGCAGGAACAGGAAAUCACAGCACUCCCACCUCCUCGGACUCUCCGCUUUCCCUUUCUGAAGGUUCUCUGCAGUCAGUAGUGACACAAGCUUCUCCACCUCCUCCUCCUCCCCUCCCCCCGCCACCACCUCCGCCUCCACCGCCACUAGUCUCAACUACAGCUCCUCCUCCUCCACCUGUUGCUCCACCACCUCCUCUGCUGCCUCCUGGAGGCGGGGCCGAUGGGAGCUCAGGCUGUAAAAAAAAGAAGCCAGUUCAGACCAAAUACCGCAUGCCUCUGUUCAACUGGCAGGCCCUCAAGUCUAACCAGGUGGCAGGAACCGUCUUCACCGAACUGGAUGAUGAGCACGUGUUAGAGGAGCUAAACAUGGCUAACUUUGAGGAGCAGUUCAAGACCAAAGCCCAGUCUGCACCUGUCGAUGUGGGGACCAUCAAGAUGAAACUGGUCCACAAGACCCCCAGUAAAGUGUCUUUAAUGGAGCCCAACCGGGCAAAAAACCUGGCUAUUACGCUGCGCAAGGAAGGAAUGGCUGCGUCUGACAUCUGCCAUGCCAUCGAGACGUACAACCAGAAAGCUCUGAGCCUGGACUUCCUCGAGCUCUUGGAGCGCUUCAUCCCCACGGAGUACGAGAUGAAGCUCAUCCACAGCUACGAGUGUGAGGGCAGGCCCCUGGACGAGCUCAGCGAGGAGGACCGCUUCAUGGUUCACUUCAGCAAGAUCCCGCGGCUUUCUCAGCACAUCAGCACGCUCACCUUCAUGGGCAAUUUCCACGAGAGCGUCCGGCUGAUCCAGCCUCAACUCGAUGCCAUCAUUGCAGCGUCGAUGUCGAUCAAAUCCUCUGGCAAACUAAAGAAAAUCCUUGAGGUCAUCUUGGCGUUCGGAAACUACAUGAACAGCGGCAAGCGCGGGGCGGCGUACGGUUUCCGCCUGCAGAGUUUGGAUUUGCUGUUAGACACCAAAUCUACAGACCGCAAACAGACGCUGCUGCACUUCAUCGUCAGCGUCAUCCGUGACAAAUACCCAGACAUCCAGUCCUUCUACACGGAGCUGCACUUCCUGGACAAGGCGUCGAUGAUCUCUCUGGACAGCAUCCUGCAGGACGUGCGGGCGCUGGAGAGAGGCAUGGAGGUGACCAAGAGGGAGUUCUCUGUGGAGCAGGAGAAUCCCGUGCUGCAGACGUUUGUCAGCGGGAACACGGAGCUGCUCAACUCGCUUGCAGCUGAUGGGAAAACAGCGCAGGAUGUGUAUAACUCGGCUGUGGAGUACUUUGGAGAGAACUCUAAAACGACGCCUCCCUCCAUUUUCUUCCCCGUUUUUGUCAGAUUCAUCAAAGCGUACAAGCAAGCCGAGCUGGACAAUGAGCAGAGGAGGAAACAACACGUCCUGAACUGUGAAGGUCCAACGUCUCCACCUAAGCCUAAAGUCAUAGAAAAUCAGGUGUCCAUGGUGCCCAAACUGCCGCAGAUGGACUUGAUAGCGGAGCUGAAGAGGAGGCAGGUGUCUCCUCUGGUGAGGGAGGGGAAGGACGGAGCCAUUGAGGACAUCAUCACAGAUUUGAGGAAUCAGCCGUACAGGAGGGCAGACGGAGUUCGGCGCAGCGCCAAGUGGAAGCCGGGACAACAGCUGCACGUGUCCUCAGACAUUUCUCUCUGAGAACAAACACCGUAGACCCAGAUGCCGGCACAAGCACAAGAGCUCGGAUGUUUCCGUCACCGUGGCGACAUUCUUAUGCAUGUUUGAGAAUACAGAUGUUUACAAAAGAGGAAAAACAACAACAACAACACCUGCAGCUUAAAAACACACGCUGACAAAAAAGAGUUUGGAUGAAACUCUUCGGUCUAAACUGAAAACAAUAAGCUUAAUGUAAUGAUUAUAUGUCAUUCUAUAAUUUGAAUGAAUAUUAGCUGCUCUUAAUGCUAACGACACUGGAUGUCAUGUGAGCUGAUUAAGGCAUUUCCAUGGAAGAAUGAGCCAUUGAGCUGAGAUGUUACACGAGUGCUUCAUUAACGCAGCUCAGAAAUCACAGCCCUCACGGACCACUCAUGAAUCAUUUUCAUCGUUUUUUUUUUAUUAUUCCUUUUUUAAAUGUUCUAGACAUGAUUUUUUAAUUGGUUUUAAUUUGAAUAAAAUAUUAAUUUUCAGUGCCGCCGUCCAUCUUUUUUCUGUUCCCGCAGUAUAGCGCUCGCUCUGAAAUUAAGCUGAAGAUUUGUAAUAUAUUUAGAUUAUUUUUAAUACUGAAGUGAAAGAAUGAUGAUGAACUUCUACUUUUGCUUUGGCAUUUCAACAAAUAAAAGAAUUUUAUACCUUUA